AUAUAUUUCUAAGCAAAAGCCUCUUGGAAUUGAUUAUUAAAAAGAAAAAUUCGGUAAGAAUGAAUGGUAAUAUUUCCACAUCGAAUAAAGAACAUGUUGAUCUUACGAAUUCUAAUAAUAAUGCACAUAAUGUACAGGAAAACCUGGAAGAAUUUGAUUAUUCAAAAAUAUCAGAUGAAAUUGAUGCAAUAGCAGAUUAUCUCGAGCAAUUAUCAGAAGAAGUGACAAAAAUGCAAGUGGAGAGUGCUGUAGCAAAUAUUGAGUUAGUCAGCAUGAUUGAAAAUAUGGACUUUGAAAGCAAACUGGAAGAAGUUAAAAAAAUGUAUGAAGAUUAUGUGAAAGAGAAAGGAACUGAAUUGCAAAAAUAAAUAAAUUCUGUUUUUGACUGAAAA